AUGUACGAGCCAAAGAGCGCCGGAUUGUCGAGAAAUUACCGAAAUAUUUGUAACAACAGACCCAGUGACGCAGGAGAAAUCAAUACAGUCUACAAACAUCCGGACAUUAUCCACGUUUGCGAAUUCAUAAAAGACAGAUUCUAUUUUGCAACGUUGGCCAAUGUACGGAAAGAUGCGCGAACCACGUCGAACAUUCUUUUUUUCACUAUCGACGACGAGCUGAUUUACAACAAUUUUUACAACGACUUCGGCCCAUUGAAUAUCGGUUGCUUGUACAGAUAUUGCUGCAAGGUGAACAAGAAGCUCCAGAGCCCUGCGAACAAGAACAAGCGAAUUGUACAUUACACAUCGCAAACGGAACACAAGAGAGCGAACGCUGCUUAUUUAGUGGCGUCGUACGCGGUGUUGUACUUGAACAAAAGCCCCGAGGAGGCUUACAACGCUCUGUUUAUGGGAGGAGAUGUACCACUGAAACCGUUCCAGGACGCCUCCAUAGGAACCUCUAUUUACAAACUUCAUAUACUAGAUUGCUUGAACGCGCUCCAGAAAGCAGCUUCAUUUGGAUUUUUCAAUUUCAACGACUUCGAUCUCUUCGAAUACGAGAAAUACGAAGACCUGAGGAACGGUGAUCUGAACUGGAUAGUACCGCAAAAGUUUUUGGCGUUCGUGGACCCAAGCACCGAACUAGGGAUCCACUACAAUCCUCCUGAAUGUUACAUCGACUAUUUCUUACGAAAUGGAGUCAUCGCUGUGGUCAGACUGAACAAAAAGACAUAUGAUUCAUCGAGUUUCUCCGAGGCAGACAUCGCACAUUACGAUAUGUUCAUGCCAGACGGUACCGUGCCGCCAAAAAGGAUUUUACAUCAAUUCCUCGCGCUAAGCGAAAACACCACCGGGCCCAUAGCAGUUCAUUGCAAGGCUGGUCUAGGGAGAACGGGUUCCCUAAUUGCUGCCUACUUGAUAAAACAUUACAAAAUGACAGCGAGAGAAGCCAUUGCAUGGAUAAGGAUUUGCCGACCCGGUUCUGUUAUCGGCCACCAACAAACCUGGCUGGAAAACAUGGAGAAGAGUUUGUUAAACGCGGGCGAACAGUACAGACUGAAGCACUAUGGAGAUGGGGAUGUGAUACUGUAUCAUAAGCAGGGAAUAUAUUCAGUGGCAGACAAGAUGGAAAGGAGCAUACAUGGGUCUCCCCGCGAUCGAUCUACAGAGUCCAACCAACAUAACAGUUCACCGACAGAAAAAUCAAACAAGACGAAAUUCACUCGAAUUCUAGGAAAGUUAAGGAACAUAAGAGGGACAGAUGACUCAGAGAAAGGAUCUCACAAUCAGAAUCCACGCACUAUGACACAAGGGGAUCGACUGAACGAAAUUAAAAUGAACAAGCACAAAUUGUCCAGGAGUUCGGAUUCGAAUCAGAAGAAUUACCUUUCCUACGGUCUCGAGAGUCUGAGAAACGUGCGUAAAAGGAAAUAA